AUGCCGAUCCAGACCGGAGCGAACUUGCUGGGGAAUAUGCUUUGGCAGACGCUCCUGGGGAUGAAGUAUUACACGAAGAGCAUGCGUGUUGGCACGAUCGUGCUGAUUUGCGCGGUGAUGGAGCUGUCGGAGAUUGGCCCGCAGGAGCCCUCCGAAUGGGCACCCGAGGAGGCACCAAGACUGGCUGUCGGAGAGUUUUGGUGUGAGAUACAAGAGCUCAUGACGAAACCGGAGCCUGGGCUGAACACUGGGGGAGGGAUGGACUGGGACGAGGAGGGCUGGCGGCACGCUAGUGGCCAUUGCAUGGAACUGCGUCAUGGUGCUUUGUACCCUGAUCUCACUCUAUGGAUCGGGGCGUCUAUCGGAAAGCUCCUGGGCUUAGUGAAGGGCACCGUCUUUGCUUUAGUCGCCUUCCUGUACUUCUUGGAUGGCGUGAUUUGCCUGGGUGGCACGGUCUUGGCGAACGGCCACUGUGAUGUGUCCUUGUUCAUUCCGGCGCAGCUCUCCUCACAAUUAGUGGUCAACAUGAUCACAGGCUACUUGGUGUGGGGCGAUGCCAAGUACGUCGCUUAUCCCACCUCGUAUUUGUUGGUCACCUGGCUGCAUCGGGGGGAUGGGAUGUCUCGUGGCUUCUGUUGGUUCCUAAGCCCUGCCUUUCUGGGGGUGUUCUUCAUGAGGCCUAGGGGGGGUGAGACAACAGUCUUGGCGACUCCAAACCAGGGGUGGACAUGCCUCCCGCAUGGGCCAUGGGGUUCCAUCACUGAGGUCUACGCUCUUUGCAUCAUGGGGGUCUAUUUGAACAGCCCCGAUGCUUGGCGCACGGAAUCGCCCCAAGCGCGCGGCCGAAACGCCAGCCGCCGGCUCGCUGGCCUGUCGCCGUGGGAUGGUCGAUGCAUGCUUCGGUUUCUGCUUGGUGCUCGGUACCGGGCACACCAGCACACCGGUCAUGUAGACUCUUGA